AUGUCUUUACAGUGGGCCACUCGCGCAGGUGUCCUGCGGCACCUACAUCUCGACCAUGCUAUGGCUCGCCCUGGUCGUGUGACCGGACUGCAGAACCAACUCCGCCAUCUUUCUCUUUCCAGCCAACCUCGAUUGACUCCGCGGGUCGGAGUCCUAUCUGCCAUUACAUCUCAGCAAUCUCACUCAUAUGCGACAGAUGCCUCUCGCCCAACGCCCAAGAAAGCCACCAAGGCCACCGAUGGCACGCGCAAGAAGAGCACAGCACCUACAAAGAAGCGCGAAUUAACAGAGAAGCAGAAGGAAAAGUUGAAGGAAGACAAGGAGAAGAAGAAACAACGGGACCAUAUCAAUGCGCUCAAGGAAACUGCGCUGGAGCCCCCGAAAAAGCUCACCGUAUCUGCGCACCUCGUUGCUUUGCAGUCGAAGCUCGCCGAGCUCAAGUCCCAGUACCCGACGCAGAAGGAAGCAUUCGGAGCUGCAUCGUCGGCUGUCAAAGAUAUCCCUGCCCAUGAGUAUGAGCGACACCAAAUCCAAGCCGCAGAGAACCGUGCUGCAAAUGAAGCCGCUUUGAUCUCAUGGCUUAAGUCGUACACCCCUCUUCAGAUCAAGAAAGCCAACGUUGCCCGUCGUGCUCUGGCCAAGCUUACCGGCAAACCUUACAAGCCCAUCCAAGAUGAUCGUCAGGUGAAGCGACCCCUCAUUCCCUUCGUUCGUUUCGCGAAUGAGCGGAAAGCAAGUGGUGAUCUCAAGUCCAUGGCUCCAACGGAGUCUUUCAAACGUAUUGGGGAGGAAUGGAAAUCCCUCACCGAGGCGGAGAAGGAGCCAUUCAACAAGCUGUAUCGCGAAGAUCAGGAGCGGUAUGAUCGUGAAUACAAGGAGACAUACGGCGUGGAGAGGCAACCCGUCAAGUCGGAUUAA